AUGAACUACCAGAAGCGACUAAUCGCCGCCGCGAAGUAUGUCUACGACGGCGACCAACGCGCCGCCGGAGAUGAACCUCUUUUCAGUUCCGCUGAAUUAGGCAUCAGUGCCACACUUAAACCACACCAAGCUGAAGGACUUUCAUGGCUCAUUAAACGUUACCUCCUCGGCGUCAACGUCGUCCUCGGCGAUGAGAUGGGCCUGGGGAAAACUUUGCAAGCCAUAUCUUUCUUAAGUUACUUGAAAUUUCAUCGGGGUUCGCCUGGACCAUUUUUGGUGCUAUGCCCUCUGAGUGUGACUGAUAAUUGGGCAUCUGAAGUAGCUAAUUAUGCUCCCAACCUAAGAAUACUUUCAUAUGUUGGAGACAAGGAACACAGAUACAAUCUCCGCAAGAAAAUGGCUGAGCAGGUGCCAUCAUUACCCUUUGAUAUUCUACUGACAACGUAUGACAUAGCAAUACUUGAUCAGGAGUUUCUAUCUCAGUUUCCAUGGCAUUACACAAUCAUUGAUGAAGCUCAGAGAUUAAAAAACCCUUCGAGUGUCUUGUAUAAAAUUCUCAGAGACCGUUUUAUAAUGCCAAGGAAAUUGUUGAUGACUGGCACACCAAUCCAGAACAACUUAACCGAACUUUGGGCUUUGAUGCAUUUCUGUGUGCCUUUAGUGUUUGGAACAUUGGAGCAGUUCCUUUCAGCAUUCAAGGAAGCUGGAGAUCCUUUAUGUAAAAUUUCAGAAAAAGCCCGAGUUCAGUUCAUUUGCUUGAAAUAUGUAUUGGGGGCUUUCAUGCUUCGGAGAACCAAAGCUAAGCUUGUUGAAUCUGGAACUCUAGUGCUGCCACCUCUUACUGAGAUUACUGUGAUGGCACCCAUGGUCUCUCUGCAGAGGAAGGUUUAUGCGUCCAUAUUAAGGAAGGAACUUCCUAAGCUGAUAGCAUUUGCUGCUGGAGCUUCAAAUACUCCUUCUUUGCGUAAUAUUGUAAUUCAGCUACGCAAGGCAUGUAGUCAUCCCUACCUUUUUCCUGGAAUUGAGCCUGAACCAUACCAAGAGGGUGAACACUUGGUGCAGGCAAGUGGGAAGCUAAUCAUUUUAGAUCAGUUACUGAAGAAUCUGUAUAAUUCAGGGCAUCGUGUUCUUAUAUUCUCUCAGAUGACCAAGACACUAGACAUAUUACAGGAUUUCUUGGAAUGGAGAAAAUAUUCUUACGAGCGCCUUGAUGGUUCAGUCCGCGCAGAGGAGCGGUUUGCUGCGAUAAGAAGUUUUAGCCAAAUGAAUGUUGGGGAAAGCUCUACUUCUCUACCAGAUCGAAGCAAUCCAUUUGUCUUCAUGAUUUCUACCAGAGCUGGGGGUGUUGGGUUGAAUCUGGUGGCUGCUGAUACUGUUAUUUUCUAUGAACAAGAUUGGAACCCGCAGGUGGACAAGCAAGCACUUCAACGAGCGCAUAGAAUUGGUCAACAGAACCAUGUUUUGGCAAUAAACUUAGUAACUGCACAAUCAGUAGAGGAGGUGAUUAUGCGUCGGGCAGAACGUAAAUUGCAGCUCAGUAAUAAUGUCAUAGGAGAGGAUCCUAGGUAUCAGGAAGGGAAAGAGAUGGCAGGCCCUGAAGAUGGUGACUUACGAUCUAUCAUACUUGGCUUGCAUCAGUUUGACCUUCUAGAGAUGAAUGAAGCCGGGGACAUCAAUGCGGCUGAAUUGACUGCAAUUGCUGAAAAGGUUAUUGCCUUUCGCCACAAGCCGCAAUUGCAAAAUGAUGAUCGAAAGUUUGAGGUCAAUUCAAUGGAUCUGUUGAGUGGGGCAGAUGUUAUAACACGGGGAAGUGUGGAGUCCAUUACAUAUGAUCCUGGCUUGGAUGAAGCCACAUAUCGUUCUUGGGUGGAAAAGUUCAAGGAAGUACUGCCAGUUAAGGAGGAUACUAUGACGGAGGUGAGAAAUAGGAGGGGCUCACCGGAAGCUAAGCACCUGAAAGCUGAGGCUGCUAGAAAGAAGGCAGAGGAGAAGAAAUUGUCCAAAUGGGAAGCUCUUGGGUAUCAUUCGUUAUCUAUUGAAGAUCCUGAUACCUCUGGUGAUAGUGAUAUUUUAUCAGAUUCUGGUUCUGUGCAUUUUGUUUAUGGGGAUUGUACACAUCCUUCAUCAGUUUCACCAUCGGAACCUACAGUAAUUUUCAGCUGUGUAGAUACCUCUGGAAAAUGGGGUCGAGGUGGUUUGUUCGACGCGCUGGCCAAAGUUUCUGCAUCUAUUCCUGCUGCAUAUGAGAGAGCUUCGGAAUGUGGCGAUCUCCAUUUGGGUGAUUUGCAUGCCAUUGAAAUCAGAGAAGACAAUGGUCAGGGAAGUGAAGAUAAUGCUGUUCAUCAGUGGGUAGCUUUAGCAGUUGUCCAAUCAUAUAACCCAAGGCGUAAGGUUCCUCGAAGCAGUAUCUCUAUGCCUGAUUUGGACCGUUGCCUGGCUAAAGCAACAUAUUUUGCUUCUCAAAAUUCUGCUUCACUCCAUAUGCCGAGGAUUGGCUAUCAGGAUGGAUCAGAUCGCUCAGAGUGGUAUAGUGUGGAACGUCUUCUAAGGAAAUAUGCUGCUCUAUUUGGCACCCAGAUAUUUGUAUACUAUUAUCGACGUUCUCGUUGA